AAUGCUUUAAAGUUUGUUUUUAAUAUAUUAAUAAUAUCAUGAAGGUAGAUAAAAUAUUUGUUGAGAAAUUGAGGUUGGCCAUGGCCACCCUAACCCAAAGAAUACCUCCGCCCCUGCUCACAGCACCACCUACAGCUCUUCCCACCCCUCAAUACUGUCAUUCGAAGCCACCCUAAACCAUAAAUUUGAAGCUCGUCGCUCAAGAGCACCUUAGGCUUAACUUUCUGAGUCUUUACAUUGUCUACUCUUCCAAUGCUUCCAUGUUUGUUUCUUCAAUAACUAAAGGGCAAUGGCAAUCUAGUUAUUUUGUAGGUCAUGACAUGACUUUUCUUUCCUACUCUGGGCAGGUUGAACGUUGCCUGCGUUUACUGAAGAGUUUUUUGCCAGAGAGUUUAGACACCAAAACUCUUGGAUGUGUAGAUGAUGAUUUUGAGGGAGAAAAAGCGAAGUUUGGAAAGAAAUUUCUAGUCAGUGACCAGCUUGUAGAACUCCCCAUUGAGCAUAUGAUAUCAUUGAUGCUACUGAUUCUCAAGGUUUGACUGCGAUGAAGGUCGGUGCAUUCAUUUAUUGUAGUUGUUUUAACUUAGUUAACGGUGCAUAAAGGAUAUAUAGAACCCCUUUUUUUUGUUUUUAUUUCUAAGCUUUUACUUUCCUAAUAAUUUGUAUCUUCAUUCCACUAAUUUAUUUAGCUGUAUAAAUUAAAUCUAUGAUCUAUGCAUUUCCUGGUGAACCAGAGUUACUGAAUAUGGUCAAUGACAAUAGAAUGUCUAGUGUAGAUAUUGUCAAUUUAGAUGCUCCUGUCCUGAUAGAUCUACUGAGAACUAUUCAGAAAAAGGUUUCCCUGGUACAAUGGUAUCAAUUAAACGAGCAGGAUUGUCUACAGCUGAUAUUGUAGAUUUGUUCUGAGCUCAGGAUACCUGUUCUGUUAAACCACACAUUGAUGGAAAUAAUGUAUGUGUCAUCACUUCAGGUCCGACAAGUUUCUGUGAUUCUGAUCAAGUAAAGGAAAUCCUCAAUUCAGAAGGCAAUACCUCUGUAAUAGAGAACAUGAGCUGCCAUUCGAAAAGCUAGUGACCAAAGGUUUGAGCAUGGAUGAAAUUUCGGAAGUCAUAUCUAUGCCAGGUGAAAAGAUGCCCAAACUUAUAAUUUCUGUGCUCGAAACAUUUGGUUGCGUUAUGAAGGUUAGUUUUACAGAUUAAGGGCUCGUUUGUAACGCCGUAUUAGGUCAUGUUGUAUUGUAUUAUAUUAUAUUGAAUUGUAUUUUAUGUAAUAUUUUUAUGUAAAACUAUAUGUGGUAUUAACUUUUAUGGACACCUAAAUAUAUAAUAUUUUAGUAUAAAUUAAAGUUUAACAUUGUAUUAUAUAAAAAUAUGAUAUAUAAUCCAAUUCAAUAUAAUACAAUACAAUACAAUACGAGCGUUCCAAACGAGCCCCAAAUGAACCUAAAUUACAGCUAUGUGCUGUUCUUAUGCAUAUGUCAAAGGACUGUUUUUCUUUAAAAUGCAAUCUCAAUAUUACCACAAAAAUAGGCUUUCAACGUCUCAUGUCUCAUGUGCAAGUUGCAACACAUUUGCGAAGAUUGCACUGCCAAACAUUAAUGUUACACUUGCAAUUGGAGAAAUGAUUUUGAAACAAAUCAGCAAGGUUAAUGCGUUCAACUUUGUAAAUGUUGUCGAUGCCUUGUAUUAUUCCAAGUAUUUUCUGACAUUGACAGCUGUUAAGUGUCAACAUCCCAAAGCUUAUUCUGUGGUUAAGACUGUGGGCACACUUGUUUCAUCUGAAAGGGAUACAGAAGUUAAAUCUUUUACGGUUUUUCUGAGAAUUAUGUGUGCCAAUAUUACCGUGGUUGGAGAUGGGAGAAUCAAUGAGGCGGUCUACAAAGGAUUAAGAAGACGUGUCAUUGGAAUAGCCAUGCAAAAUCCUGGGAUAUUGGAGAGCUGUAGAAAAUGAUUAGAGUUGAUGAUUUUGGAUAAACAUGUUAAUGUGAGGAAGAUGCAUCAAACUGCCCCUCCAACUAUCCUCUGGGGACCCUUUUCGAAAGCAGCAGCUUUAGCAAGCCAAAGUUGGUUUAUUGUAACCAUUAUUAUGCAAAUCCCACGAGUGCUCUCUUACUAAUGAUCAGAGAGGUGUUAUAGGACUUCUGGGGUAAGUAUAUGCUUAACAUAUAUAAUUUGUGUAUAGAUCUAAGCUUUCCAUUUGUAUAUCUUGAACUAAGAAGUAAAAUAUUUAAAUAUAUCCAUAUUACCUUGAAUUCCUUCUGUCUAACAUGGUCACUUAUAUGUGUACAAGGGAUAUAGCGAGUGAGAUGGUUUAGUAUUAUUGUUUUGCUUUCUUGUACUGUACCAUAUAUAUAUAUAAAUAUAUCAAGGACAUAAAUUUCUGGCUGACUCUGAAGACACUCGCCCCUUCUGUCAAUGUCUUUGGAAAUAAUCAUUGUUUUCUUCUUUA